CCAUCUGAGUCUGAAUUGUCGCAAAUGGCCAGCAAGGUCACACCCACCCUGCCGUUUAAUCGUCAAGACACCCUCUCAGGACACUCAGCCAGCCCGGGCCAUAUCCGGAACAUCUCCAGCUCAGUACGGCGACUGUAUUUAUGUCCAUUGACCGCAGUGUAAAGCAAAAUCCCUUCCAGCAGCUUGUUGCCGACAUCCACAGCUGCUUGGGCGCAGACGCAGGCAUUGACACGUCUGAUGCGCAUCUCCAGCAAUUGCAGCAGAUCAUGCAUGACUACACCUCCUGUGAAUCUGACUGGAUCAAGUAUGCGCUAGAAGAGCCAACGCGUAGCUACACGCGCAACUUGGUGAGCAAUGUCAAUGGCAAGGCCAAUUUGCUUGUGUUGGUAUGGAAUCCACGGCGACAGAGUCCAGCGCAUUGUCACUCAAGUGCGCAUUGCCUGAUGAAGGUACUAAAGGGAACCUUGAAUGAGACGCUGUAUGCGUGGCCGAGAGGUGCGAAACCGAUGGAGCCUGGGAAGCCGCAAGAAGCGACACAGGAAUUAGAUGAGCAUGAGAACGAUGAGGAUGAAGAUGGAGAGGGUUUACAGGUGACGAGAAUCACAGACUAUGACAAGGAUCAAGUGGCGUACAUUAAUGACGCGUUGGGUGUGCAUCGCAUCAGCAAUCAGACAGACGAAAUCGCCGUCUCCCUACAUCUCUACACACCACCAUGGGCAUCCAAGUAUGGCUGUCAGAUCUUCGAUGAGCGGACCGGCCAUGCACACCGUGUUGCACAGUGCGGCUUCUACUCUGUCGAUGGCAUCAAGUGUGUGUAGCAUCUGCCCGACGGAUCACCCAAUCAAUCAUUGUGCGUUUUGGCGUCUGCAUCAAUCCUUACACUUGUUUAUCCAUAGGUUGACAGUCAUAGCUCCGCCGCAUCAUGUUGCAUGCACGGAUAAGCUCUUC